AUGAAGACUUUCUUAUCGGACAGUUUCGAGUUGCAGGAAGUGACUCGGGAUGAUCUAACCAUCGCAUCGCUAUGCUGGNNGGUAUGGAAAGCCAUGAAGCAAUCCACGGCCAUGUACAAGCGAUAUGGCCUUGGUAGGCUGAGCAAUGCGUACGUGUGGAUGAUUUGGGCCGAGAUCACCGUCUGCCUUGCCUUCAGUAUUGCUUGUUGGCUAUAUCUUAGAGGCAUUAUUGCUCCCAGCAUCUUAACGUUAUGGGCUCUGCAAGUUCAGUUCCUGCUCCAGAUUAUCAUCAAUCGUGUUGGCGUGCUUAUGCUGGACCGCAAGAGGGCAAGAAAUCUCAAAUUUGGUAUCGCUAUCCUUAUCACGCUCAUCAACAUAUCUGUGUAUUGCAUCUGGGUUCCGGCAAGACUGCAGACCAGCGAGACGUAUAUCAAGAUCAACGAUGUAUGGGACCGAUGCGAGAAGAUUGUCUACCUUAUCGUGGACGCUGCACUUAACUACCUGUUCGUGCGCGUUGUUCGCCGUAAUCUUGUCAAGCCUGGCCUGAAGAAGUACGAGAGUUUGGUCAGAUUUAACCUGUACAUCAUCGGUUUCUCUUUGGCAAUGGAUAUUCUCAUCAUCGCUAUGAUGUCUUUGAAGAACUCUUUCGUAUACAUGCAGUUUCAUCCGCUUGCAUAUAUUGUGAAGCUCAACAUCGAGAUGACAAUGUCGGAACUCAUUUCCAAGGUUGCACGAGCUCAGAAUAACCCACAUGGUGCUGUUAUGCCGAGCACCAGCACUGGAGGUCACUCGGGAGGACGAUCCCGCACGACCAGAACGGUGGAUGACAAGACUCUGACCCAGUCAAAGAUUCAUGCUUUCACCGGCCGUUCGGAAGAUAUGGAGAUGGGCAUACUCAAGAACACAGGCCCACCACACAACAACAAUCUCCACACGCAGAUUGAAGCAGAUAACUCUUCGACUGAUGGCUCUGACCGUGAUGAUGAGUCGAUCAACAAGGCAACAGGGUUCGUGGUCCGAAGAAAGCAAGAAUUUCAUGUUCGAGUAGAGCAGGCAGCACCGUCACCGAAUGCCGAUCUAGACAGACGAUUGGAAGACGGAGGCAUCGAAUCGUCAAGCGAAGGAAUGGACCAGAAGAAGUCACAACAAUGGUCUUCGUAUUAG